AUGGUAUGUACCAGCACAAGUUCAAACUUUUAUUCCAUUGCUCAAUAUAUUCUACAAUCAUAUUUCAAAGUCAAUGUUGAUUCUCUUGACGGUCUAAAAUUAGUGGAUUUGAUAGUGGACCAAACUUACCCUGACUCUUUGACAUUGAGAAAGCUGAAUGAAGGAGCAACGGGACAGCCAUACGAUUAUUUCAAUACAGUUUCUCGUGAUCCUGAUAUCUCCAAAUGCCCGAUAUUUGCAUUGGCCAUAUAUUUUGUUAUACGAUGGAGCCAUCCUAAUCCUCCAAUUUCGAUUGAGAAUUUCACCACAGUACCGUUGCUAGAUUCAAACUUCAUUUCUUUAAAUUCCAAUCCACUACUAUAUAUUCAGAAUCAAAACUCCAACAGCAAUACGAGUGUUAAAGUUCUAAGGUCACAAACUUUUGAACCUUCAAAGGAAUUAAUUGAUUUAGUAUUUCCAUGGUUAUCUUACUUGAAGCAGGAUAUGCUCCUUAUUGAUAGGACAAAUUACAAGCUUUAUUCUCUCUGUGAAUUAUUUGAAUUUAUGGGUAGAGUGGCAAUUCAAGAUCUCCGGUAUUUGAGUCAGCACCCUUUAUUAUUACCCAAUAUUGUAACAUUCAUAUCAAAAUUUAUACCUGAGUUGUUCCAAAAUGAAGAGUUUAAAGGAAUUGGCUCGACUAAGAAUUUGAACAGUGAUACGUUGAACAACGUCACAGGAAUAGAAAACCAGUUUCUAAACCCUUCUACAGAGGAAGUGAGUCAAAAAUUCGAUUCUUAUUUCAUGGAAUUGUCAAAAAAAUUAACUACAGAGAACAUCAGGUUAAGCCAAGAAAUAACACAACUAAAGUCAGAUAUGAGCUCUGUAGGUAAUGUCUGUAAUCAAAUUUUGCAAUUGCAGAGACAAUUGCUUUCAGGAAAUCAGGCUAUCGGAUCAAAGUCAGAAAAUAGUGUAUCCUCCACAGGUGGGGGGAUACUAAUAUUGGAUAAAAAUAGCAUCAACUCGAACAUGCUGAGUAAUCUGGUGCAGUCAAUAGAUUCGAAUCAUUUGAAUCCCAACACACAAGCUCAAACACAGAAAAGGGGUUCGAAAGGGCAAUCGCAAAGUCAGGGUCAAACAACUAAUAGUCCUGCGCUGGCACCAAUUAACAUGUUUCCGAGCUUGAGUAACUCUAUGCAGCCAAUGUUUGGUACCUUGGCUCCGCAACCCCAAGAUAUAGUACAGAAGAGGAAGCUGCCGUUACCAGGUUCAAUAGUCUCUGCAGCAACAGGUAGUCCUUUUUCUCCAUCACCUGUUGGUGAAUCUCCUUAUAACAAACGUUUUAAACUCGACGACAAACCAACUCCGUCUCAGACAGCUCUUGAUUCCCUCCUUUCAAAAUCAAUCUCAAGUCCCAGACUGCCUCUUUCAACAUUGGCUAGUACAGCUAUCACUGAGUCUUUUCGUUCGCCUCAACAGUUUCAGCCUUCCCCAGAGUUCGUAGUUGGUGGUAGCUCAAGUUCAACAACAGACAACAACUCUAAGAAGGUAAAUGGAGAUUAUCCAUCAUCGUCUUCAAAACUUACUGAACGGCCACAUCUUUUAAACAAUGAUUCUACUACUAGCAUGCCUGAAAGUCCUAGCGAAGUGACUGGUGAUGAUGGUAAUAAGGUAAAAGUUCCAACUUCAAGUAAGCCAGAGUCCAACGAUAACAGCCCAAAAUCAAAGGAUCCUGAAAAAGUUAGUAACAACAGUAGUCCACUUGAUAUGGAUUCUGCGAAGCCAGUAUCUACCUCUGCUAUCAAUAGUUCCACUGAAGGCCCAAACUCAACAAUUACAGGAACAAAACCAGCUCCCUCAUUCCCGCAAAGUUCCUCCAAAUUUGAAAUAAUGAAUAAAAAGAACGCUAAGGCGGGGCCAAACGAGGCAAUUAAGUAUAAACUAUCCAGAGAAAAUAAAACAAUAUGGGAUCUAUAUGCAGAGUGGUAUAUUGGUUUAAAUGGCAAAUCUUCAAUAAAAAAAUUGAUUGAAAACUAUGGCUGGCGAAGGUGGAAGGUUAGCGAAGAUUCACAUUUUUUUCCCACCCGAAGAAUCAUCAUGGAUUACAUUGAAACGGAGUGUGACCGUGGUAUAAAACUCGGCAGGUUUACUAACCCUCAACAACCGAGAGAGGAUAUACGGAAGAUUUUGGUAGGGGAUCUCGAAAAGUUUAGAAUAAAUAACGGUCUAACUUUGAACUCUUUAUCAUUGUAUUUUAGAAAUUUAACGAAGAAUAAUAAGGAAAUCUGCAUUUUUGAGAACUUCAAAAAUUGGAACGUUAGAUCAAUGACGGAAGAGGAGAAAUUAAAGUACUGUAAAAGACAACAUAAUACACCAUCCUAA